UUAGCCAUAUUGCUGGUAUAGUAUUACUUGACUUUUAAUACCGCUUCUUAAAUGGAUGCACUUCGCAGUCUGACAGUCUCAAAUAGCUCGCCAACUAGCUACCAUCUUGAGAGUGACAGUCAGAUCAGAUAGCUAACGUUAUUCGUUGCCAGUUUUGUGUGUUUUAGUAGGCGCGCACACAAUAUUAACCGCUUUCCUAAAACCCCGUGUUGACAUGGCACAAGUAAGACGCUUUGGGACUGUCCUGACUCAGAUGUUAAGAUUACCUCAACACUGUACUUUCAGCGUAUCUGCUUCUGCCGCGGCCAUUCAAAAGAUGACGAGGGUGCGAGUUGUGGACAACAGCACCCUAGGAACCGCCCUCCAUCACCGCCCCCCCAGGGUCAUUCACGUCUACACCAAAAACGGGAUUGGCAAAGUGGGUGACAGAGUGCUUUUGGCGAUCAAAGGACAGAAGAAAAAAGCCCUCAUUGUGGGACACAAGAUGCCAGGGGAUCGAAUGACCCCGCGCUUUGACUCCAACAAUGUUGUUCUUAUUGAGGACAAUGGAAACCCAACUGGUACGAGGAUCAAGGUGCCCAUACCGACCCAUUUGCGCAAAAUGGAGGGAGAGUAUUCUAAACUAUUGGCUAUUGCACACAGGUUUGUGUAGACAAAUUUGGACUCUAGUAUGUGUUAAACAAUUACUACAUAUAUGGAAUAUACAUUGUUUUAUGGGACAUGGUAGUUCAUUUUCCAAUAAAAGUGUCAUUUAAGUGAAAA